GGGGGAGGAAGAGGCGGAGUUCAGGGAUGGGGGAGUGUCAGUUACAGCUAGUAUAUAAGCAGGCAACGACCGUCAGCCAUAGCAAUUCCUACUUACACAAGCGUCAGCCAUGAAGGGUGUGAGCGUCAUCGUCCUCUGCUGCGUCCUGGCGGCGUCCUCGGCGGACGAGAGGCGAGGAUCCAACAGGUUCUUCACAGGAGGCUUCAACAACGGCUUCGGCGGCGGCGGCUUCGGCGGCAGUGGCUUCGGCGGCGGCUUCGGCGGCACUGGCUUCGGCGGUGUCGGGGGAUUCCAAGGAGGCGGUAUUGGCGGCUUCCCUGGGGGUGUCGGCGGCUUCCCAGGGGCCGGAAUCUCCCAAGGAUCCAGCGGCUGCAGGUACUGGUGCAGGAACCCCGAGAACCAAGUGUACUGCUGCGAGACCGAUCUUGAGAGGGGCCCCGUCGGCACCAAGCCCCUCGACUGCCCCCUCGUGCGCCCCACGUGCCCGGUCAGCGUGCGCGGCCUGCGCCCCAUCACCUGCUCCAACGACUACAAGUGCGGCGGGGUUGACAAGUGCUGCUUCGACAGGUGCCUGCAGGAGCACGUGUGCAAGCCCCCCUCCUUCUUCGGCUAAAAACUGAACCAAACCUCUUCAGCUAAAACUAAAUAAUAUAAUAAAUACAUGUAAUAAAUCCA